GAAACAAAAUGGCGCUUAUUUUUUUCUGUUCAAGGACAUAGGGGCGUCGACAAAAAAUGACAAGCAUUAGGACCAAGCACACAAGCAUUUUGUGGUGGAAUUGCCCACUCUUACCCAGUAGGGGGCGGUAAAGCGCAGGUUUGCUGCUCGCAACAACAGAAGGAGAAAAAAACAUGGCGGCCUCCCUGUCCAACCUGACCCGGUUCGUCUUCCGCCUGUCUUCUACAGUUUGUCCUCUUCUACGGCAGGUCCAGAGGCUCCCUGUGCGUCGUUUGGGUCCAGCUCGGUAUCUGUGCGAAGCACCUUCACUACAGGAUGAUAAUGCAGUUCGGGCUCUGGAGGCACGGGACCGUUACAAGGAAAAGCCGUGGGAGUACCUGGAAAGUGAAGAGUACUUGGAGCGGUAUGGAAAUGGGCCAGUGUGGGCCGGGUACCGGAGGAACCAUAAAGGAGCCAUCCCGCCCCAAAAGACCCGCCGGACCUGCAUUAGAGGAGAUCAUGUCUGCGGGAACCCCUGUCCAGUGUGCCGGGAUUCGAACCUCAUCGUCCAUCACCAGAACGUGAAGCUGCUACAGCAGUUCAUCAGUCCUCACACGGGGGCGCUGUAUGACCCCACCAGAACAGGUGUGUGCAUGAAGCAGCAGAAGAAGCUGACUGAGGCCAUUGACAUGGCGCAGGACCAAGGCUUGCUGCCUUUCCAGAUCCCACAUGUGGAGUUCUCUGGGGAAGAUUACUCAAACUCCCAUGAUGCAGUUGGCUGCACACCACCCGCUCCUUGUUUAAGCUCAGGUGAAACUUGGUAUCGGUGGUAUGGAGAGAUAACACCUGACGAAGGCGAAGUGGCCAAAGUCAAGAAGAUUUACAAAGCAUACCUGAAGAGCUGAGCUCUGCCCUCAUGUUACACACAAACUACAAUAAAGAUGGUGGUCAAAGCGUU